AUGCAUUUGCAGGUUACAAUACCACAAUUCGUAAUUGUCUCACCAUUGAGUCUUCGAUCGGUGUUCGAUCAACCGUUCAGUUUACUUCGCUGGUUUGCUCCGUUCCCGAAAGCCUAUCGAAUAUUUUCACCUCAAAAGGCGCAAUUCUCAAAGAUUAUCGGUAAACCAGAAUAUUUGGGUGCCACCUAUACGUUCCCGUUGAACGAUCACUAUCAUAAAACUAAAUUCUCUGUAUGUUCGAUUUUUUUACAUGUUGUUGGCGUUAUCAUGAACACUAUCAGUGAUUUUGUAGUCCCAGUGAGGGCUGCCAUCAUGAGACAAUUGCAACUGAAUGGUAUUGUUCUGCAGUUGAGAACUGGAAAGCCUGAAGCACCACCAACGGCUGAAGAAGGUCAAAAAAAACGUAAAAGCGAUGAUGACACACAAAAAGAUGAGCCGACUAAAGCACCGAUGCGUAUCAACAGAGCGUCUGCAAAAAUCGCAAUCAUCACAAAACCGGGCAGGAAUGCUGAGGGCAAAGGACGUAUUCUGAUAGGAGUGCUCGAAGAUGAUGGCUAUGAGGGCUUGCACGAAUAUGCAGGGCACAAUAUCACUGUGACAGAAUGUGGUGGUGAUCAGACGAAGUAUGAUGAACGUCGACGAGGAUAUCGUGCAUCCAGUUCUAAGCGAGCGCGUCAUAGAAAGGGUCACAGGACAUUAUCGGAGCAAGAUGGAUCUAUUGCGCCAUCUGAGCGACGCACAGCUGAAGUAGCGGUACUACCCAAAAAAGCGGUAUCCCACAAAUCGCCACCACCCAAACAGUCACCUGCGGCAGUCUCCAUGACCGCACCGAACUCAGUACCAUCCAAGAAUGUUAGCAACCAACAACAACUAAAACAACAACAGCAGCAGCAGCAGCAUUCGGCGUUGUUGUCUCCGGCAGUCACACAACGUGGUUCAAGCAGCGCCUACAAAGAAGUAUCUAAAACGCCAAUGAAUUCAUUGCAAGACUCGAAGAGGCCGCCGUCUGAGAUUAAAUCGUCGACAACUCCCUCAGCAGUCCCACCUCAACAAACACCCCCAAAAGCAUCAGCACCUGAAAAGAGUGCAUCUGGAUCCCCACGAUCCCCUUCACACAAAUCGCACAAAUCACGCCGUUCUCAAAGGUCACAUCGUUCCCAAAGGUCACAUCGUUCCCAAAGGUCACGUCGUUCCCAAAGGUCACAUCGUUCCCAAAGGUCACAGCGUUCCCAAAGGUCACAGCGCUCACAAAGGUCACAGCGUUCGAAAAGAUCACGCCGUUCGAGAAGAUCACAUCGAUCGCGAAGAAAAUUAGAUCGAUCACAGCGUUCGCUUCGUAUGCUCAAACGUAGUAUGAACUCGAAUCCGAUGGCAGAAGAUCGCACACAAAUAUUCGAUCAGAACCUCAAGCAGAAGUCCAUUGUUGAGAGUGUACCGCUGGAUCGAGCAAGCAGUCUGAAUAAGUCACAAAUGGAAGACGCAGCUAUUGGUAAAACUCAAGUGGAAGCUGAUAUUCCGGAUGCUGAUCAAGGAGGCGGAGAGAGUCAGGCAGCGACCAGCAAUCGACCAACCCCGAACGAGCCGACGACACAUUCAGACGAUCGAAAGCCUGCAGGCUUGGAUUUGCCAGUGGAUGAUUCACAGGGGGAAAGUGAUUCCGCUGGCAAUAAACCGAAUGUCGAGAUGCUCAGAUAUGUUGUUCAAGCAGAACCAGUGCCGUUGGAUCGACAAGAUCGUUCGAUUAGGGCCGAAAACGACGAAAGUGUGGAUGUGGAAUCACGCUACCAUCCGCCAGAUAUUCAUGAAAACGAGAACGAUUACGAUAUCGCUAUCAAUACUCCCUUCCUAUACAUCGUGGUUGCAAAUUACCCACAAAGAAAUCGUAUCUUCAUCGUUUGUAUGGGUCAAUUUACCAAUAUAACUGAAACGAAUGAGGAGGAGAAGGCAAGCAAAUGCAAGGAUAAGAUGAAAGGUACAAAAACUCAGAAUGAAAAAAGUGGGAAAGAACGAGUUGAGAGCUCUGAAACAAAUACGGACAAAAACUUCAAAAACAAAUCGAAGAUAGAAAUGGCUGAAACGCAGCGAGAUGAUAAUGCAUCCAAUAAAGACGGCAGUAAGUCGAACAAAGCCGGAAAAGCCGCAGAUCCGGUGAACAAGAGUCAAAAGGAUGACAAAUCCGCAAAGAGUACCAGCAAGAAGGAAAAAAGUCCUCAAGAUAAAAGCAAAUAA